UUCAGGAUCGCAUUUUCGUGCAAAUCGCAUUGACACUUGUAUUCUACAGAACUCUGACGAAAUCGAUAUAUUUAAAUAAAUGAACAGCUUAUAAGUUCAAUAUGAGUUUGUCGGAACAAUUAAAGGAUGGAAGUUUUGAUUUUGGAAAAUUGACCUCCAUAAAUGACAGUGUAGCGCAGGCUGAACUCCUGUUCGGGGUAGCGAAGAGUGUGUCUAGAACUGGUUUCACCCUAGUAAGCAGUGCAUUGAUUCUCUCACUGCUGGCACUUCUAACAAUAGUCUGGAGCACAAAAGACAAUAAAUAUGGACAUUUACCUGGACCACUCCGAUUGCCGUUAUUAGGAAACUUAUUACAAAUAGGUCUACAGCCUCAUAAAUCGUUUACGCAACUGCGAAAGAAAUUUGGCGAUGUCUACCGUGUCUAUAUUGGAGGAUACCCCGUGAUUGUUCUUAAUGGACACGAGUCGAUUAAACAAGCUCUAAUCCACCAGGGAGAGGAUUUCGCUGGUAGACCGCACUUACCCUCUCUCAGCUUCCUUUCCGAGGGGAAAAGCAUGGCAUUCGGGGAUUAUUCUCCAAUGUGGAAGUUACAACACAAGGUCGCCCUUGCGUCUCUUAGGACAAUUACGAAAGACAACGAAUAUGGGGUUGAAGAACUUAUUCAAUCUGAGACGCAACGUUUAUUGCAGAAGCUUUUAGAAUCCAGUGGAACGCCUCAUAAUCCGAUGCCGGAUAUAUUCGACAGUGUAUGUGGUCUAAUUUACAAACUCUGUUACGGAAUCAAUCCUGAUGACGAAGAUCAAGAACAUUUAAUAAAGAUCAACCAUGACAUCAUGGAAUUCCAAAUCAGAGGAAACCCUGCUGAUUUUAUCCCUUGGACCAAAAAACUGAUUGCAUCGCAAUAUAACUCUUAUGUGACAAAUUGUAACACGAUGUUUGACGUCUGCAAUAGGAAAGAAAAUGAGCAUUGGGACACGUAUGACGAUACAAAAAAGCGGAGUAUUCUCGACGCCAUCAUUCGAGCGAACAAUAAUAUAAGUGAAGCAGAUAAACUGUCCACGGGACUUACCAAAGGCCACGUUUUGCAUAUUAUUCAAGACUUUCUGGGGGCAGGAACCCAUGCAGUUACAUUCACCCUCUGCUGGGCGAUUCUAUAUAUGGUGAUAAACCAAGACGUGCAAGCCAAAGUGCAAAAAGAAAUAGAUGACGUAAUUAUGCCUGACGAAGAACCUUCCACCGAUCACAUGACCCACAUGCCCUACACAACGGCCUGUAUCUGGGAGGUUUACCGGUUUGCUUCAAGCGUGCCGUUAGCGUUGCCACACUACACAACUAAGAACACAACCCUAAAUGGUCUUCAAAUACCAAAAGAUACGACGGUAUUGGUCAACCUCUGGUCAAUCAACCGAAGUGAGGAACUAUGGAGAAAUCCCGAUCAGUUCAACCCCGACAGAUUCAUCGAUAAAGACGGUGAUUUGAUCCGAUCAAAAAUGGACCUUGUGAAACCAUUCAGUUACGGCAAACGUCGUUGCUCGGGAGAAAAUCUCGGCAAAUUAGAAGUGUUUCUUAUCUUCGUCAGUCUUCUCAGAUCGUUACAUAUCUCACCAGUACAAGACACGAAAUAUAGUUUGGACGCUCAGUUCGGCCUUGCGCUGAAACCUCAAGACUUUGAAGUUGUUGUGACAAAAAGAAAGUGAUUUUGCUUUCUUUCAAAUUUUAUUUCACAUCUAACUCGAGUAGAAUAUCAAAUUCCAAGUAUAGCAUUAGCCUAUUAUCAUCACGAAUUAUGACAGUCUAGCGCAAAGACUUAGUGGAAUUCAAUUGGCGCAAGUGAAUAAAAUACGCUCCUAUUGAAACCAAUAUCAGAGGCUUUGCGUUAAACUGU